UUAGGAACUGACCUUGGUCUGCUUGAACAAUAUCGCGGGACAACCUUCGGGAUGUCUUCGCUAGUUGAUUCCGAAGCAUCCGAAGCUUCCGAGUUAUCGGAUGAAGAGGAGCUAGGCGGUCAAAAAAUCUCGAAUAAGCACAGACCUAAGGUGCCUGAUUCGAGUGACAGUGAGGAAGAAGAGGUCGAUCUCGCUAACGAGGAAGAGAUUUGUCGGAAGGAGGGUGAAGGUUGGAUUGUUGACGAGGAGGAGGAAGAAGAAGAUGGUGGUGGGUCAGGUGGCUCUGAUGAAGACAGUGAUGAUGCCGGAGAUAAUGAAAGGGACAACUACAGAGACGAAGAUGACGAUGCUCUAGAUGAGGAGGACUUCCAACUCAUACGAGAAAAUAUUGGCCUGGAUCUGAAAAAGCACAAGAAGCGGCGGCUGGUUGUGGACGAUGAUGACGAGUCCGAUGGGGAACAAGUGUCGGCAAAGAAAGUUGCACGUGAGGUGGAUCACGGACGGGAAGUUGUUGCUCGUCAAAUUUUCGAAGAUGACGAUGACGAGGACGGUGGUUCGGCAGCAGACGCACCAAAUAAGGCUGCUAGCUUCAGGGUCACAGGAGACGAAGAAGAGGAAGAAGACUAUGAUGAUAUGGGCGAUUUCAUUGUUGAUGACCGGGCUGGUGAGGCCCCAGCGAAGACUACCAGGCGUAUUGUUCACAAAGACGCGGCACUUCAGCAGGCUCAAGACAUUUUUGGUGUAGAUUUCGACAUGUCGGAAUUCGAGGCCUUCCGUAAAGGACACGCCGCUGGUAGUGAAGAAUACAGUGAAGAAUCGGAGGUAGAGUAUUCAGAUGACGAGGAGGCUUCGGCUUCCGUCAGACGAAAACAAAGGAAACCUCGUUCUAGUGUAGUUUUAGAUGACAAGGUUUAUGAACUUUUUGACCCCAGUGAUCUGGAGCGCGCCUACUACAGUCAAGCUGACGAGCGAAUAAGGAAAACAGACAUUCCGGAACGUUUCCAGUUACGCCAGGUCCCCGUACAAUCAAUUGAUCCUUAUUCACCAAACUAUGCUCAAGAGUUGACGGAGCUCUCGGAUGAAGCUAACUGGAUCUACAGAAAGGCAUUCAAGGAGGAACCAGAACUCAAACCACCGUCCGUUAUUCCAAAAAUCUUGGAGACGCUCAAGCUGAUGCGGGAAUCAUUGUUUGAAGUGCCGUUUAUCGCUUUCUACCGCAAGGAAUGCGUUGAGCGAGAUCUGAACAUCAAGGACCUCUGGCGUAUUUACCAACUAGAUGAAAAGUGGACCAUACUGAACCAACGCAAGCGUAAUAUGAUUCAGCUUUUCCAGAAAUUACACGAUUUCUUCGAAGCAACUAGCCCAGAUGACCCCGGGAGUGUACAGAAAAAACAUGCCACUUCAAUUUUGAAGCUUAUAUCUUGUGCGCGUAGCGCGGAGUCCCUGGAAGAAUUAAUCGAUGUGCGUUUGAACUAUCUGUUGCACUACUCCAGCUUCACAGAACCAAUGCAACGUUGGUUCAAACGAAAGCAGGAAAAAGACGAGGCUAAAAAGGAUGGCGUGGAGGUUGAUGAGAACGAGGAAGAGUCCUAUCUACCUGAACAAGGAAACGCCAUCCCAUUAACCUUCAGUUUUGAUCCGUUAACGGGUCGACAAAUCCGUCAACGACAGGCCCGAGCGACGGCUUCGUACGAAGUAGCCAAACGAGCUGCUUUGGGAGGCUUGGUUCAGCGUUUCGGUCUGUCAGCGGCUCAGUUCGCAGAGAAUGUUCAGGAUCAGUACUUACGCCAUGAUGUCGAUCAGUGCCCGAUGCUUCCCCUAGAUGCGGCCGGUGAUUUUCUCUCCCCGCAGUUUCCUACAGCUAACGUGGCAUUAAGUGCGGCCCGGUAUAUGCUUGCGUUUGAGAUAUCACGUGAACCAUUUGUACGGCGGAUGAUGAGACAAAUGUUUCAGUCACAGGCAGUCAUAUCUGUUCGCCCGACUCCCCGUGGUGUGAAAGAAAUAGAUGAGUCACAUCCACUGAUUUCAAUCAAGUACUUGAAGAACAAGCCAGUAUCCGAUCUGAUGGGAUCUGUCCUGUUCCUUCAUUUGCAUAAUGCUAGUCUUGAAAAACUGCUCACCUACGAAAUUCACCUACCUUCCGAACAUAUUCGUGGAUUAUCUUUGUUGGACGAACUUCAACGUUUCUUCCAUCAGGAUGAGUUCAGUUCCCUAGUGCAGGCGUGGAAUGAAGAGCGCAGUUUGGUGCUGAAGCAAGCUGCUGAAGACUUCAUUUUUCCCGUUUUAAUCCGUGAGCUCAAGGAUAGGAUGCUUGAGGCGAGUCAACAGGCGGUUCUGCGAAUGUGCGCAAAGCGACUGUUCAAUUACCUGCAAGUGGCACCGUACCCACCAGACGGUCACAGGUCUUACGAAACAGAUACUGAGAAUGCAGCCAGCCCAUUCAGUGGUUCUCGCGGGAAACACAGUGGACGGGGUCAUGGGGAUAGUGAAUCUCAUGUGAGUGGCGCUGUGUGGUCCAAAGGGGCUCGAGUUCUAGCCAUGGCAAUAAAGGACGAAGAUGACGCUAGACAGUCUGUGGUUUCAGCGGUCCAUCUGGAUUCGAACGGGGAAGUCGUCGACUUUCUCCAUCUUCACGGAUUGAUGCAGUCAAACCGUGUGCAAGAAGACUUCAAGAAACUUAAGGAAAAGGACAUGCAGCGGCUGUCGGGUUUCAUGGUCAAACAUCGUCCGCAGGUGAUAGUCAUCGGAUGUGACUGCAGGCGUGCUUUAUACCUCCAAGAAGAUAUUCAGCGCUUAGUUGACGAACUUGCCUCCGAGCGCCGCCUUCCUCGCAUUCAUGUUGAGCUGAUGGAGACUGAACUAUCAAUCGUCUUCGCCCAGUCGUCUCGUGCGUCGGCCGAUCUCCCUGUAUCUUAUUCUCCUCUUCUCCGUCAAGCCAUUUCACUUGGGCGUCGCCUUCAAGACCCGUUGGCUGAAUUCAGUCAACUCGUUAACACGGAAGAGGAGAUUCUGGGUGUGCGUUGGCAUCCACUACAAGAUUCACUACCUCGCGAAAAGCUCCUUGAGGCAUUAGAAAUAGAAUUUAUUAACCGUGUGAAUGAAGUCGGUGUGGACGUCAAUCGGUGUCUAUCUCACCCACACACUGCAGGCGUUUUACAGUUUGUUUCUGGUCUUGGACCGCGGAAAGGUCUUCACAUGCUGAAGAUCCUGAGACACAGAAAGAUGUUCCUUACCAAUCGUAUGCAGCUGGUCACCGUCAUCAAGUUUGGCCCUCGUGUGGUGAUCAACUCCGCCGGUUUCAUUAAGAUCGAUACGGCUGCUGUUCGGGAUUUGGAUGCCGAUGAUGUGGAGAUUCUAGACUCUACUCGGGUUCAUCCGGAGAGCUACGACCUGGCGAAGAAGAUGGCCGUAGAUGCACUUGAGUAUGAGGACAAUGAGGAAUGUGAUCCGACAACUGCACUUGAGGAAAUUGUUCAAAGCCCCGCCCGUCUUCGCGAGUUGGAUCUAGAUGCUUUCGCGGAGGAAUUGAAGAGACAAGACCAUGGCGAUAAGCACAUUACCCUGUACGACAUUCGGAAGGAGCUAAACAACAGAUACCGAGAUUACCGCGCCCCUUAUCAAUCGGCAAAUCCGGAAAUGAUCUUCAGUAUGGUAACCCAUGAAACACCCGAGACGUUCCACGUCGGGCGUCUGAUUGAGUGCCGCGUAGUCGCAGUCGCCACACGCCGCCCACGUCCAGAACAGCUAGACAAUGCAAAUCCAACGAAGAAUGAGACUAAUGGGUUGUGGAUGUGCCCCUUCUGUCGACAAGACAACUUCCAGUUCUUGAACAAUGUCUGGAGCCACUUUGACAACAACGAAUGUCCGGGUCAAGCGGUCGGACUUCGAGUUCAGUUGGACAAUGGAAUUGCGGGCUUCAUACCUCUCCGACUUACCGAUCCUCCUGCUGAGAAGUUGUUUGAGCGAGCUCAGCCUGGUACUUUGAUUCGGUGUCGCGUAAUGAAAAUUGAUAUCACAAAGUUCAAUGUAGAACUCACAUGCAAACAGUCCGAUCUUCAAGAUGAGCGCCACAUGUGGAGACCUCGACCGGAUCCGUUCUAUGAUUAUGAAGCUGAUGAGCAAGAUGUAUUGGCCGAGGAAACAGCUAAAGCAAAAGUGAAGGAAAAUGCAACCCCAUAUCUUUCACGCGUCAUCUUCCAUCCGUACUACAAAAACAUCAGCUACGACCAGUUGCUUGCAAUGGAACCUGAACUGGAGCCUGGAAGUAUUGUGAUUCGUCCAAGUAGAAGGGGUGCGGAUCAUCUCACUGUAAGUUGGAAAGUGGAUGAUGGAACUCUGCAACAUAUUGACGUUCUGGAGAAGGAAAAAACGAACAGCUUUUCAUUGGGCCGACUCCUUAUUAUUGGGGAUGAAGAGUUUGAGGAUCUCGAUGAAAUCGUUGCCCGCCACGUUCAACCGAUGGCUUCCCUUGUCCGUGAUAUUAUGACGUACCGGUACUACCGAGAUUCCAGGGGUGGUGAUCGUGCCGUGUUGGGAGCGCUACUUCUACAGGAAAAGAGCAACAACCCAGACCGAAUUCCCUAUUUUCUGAGUUCAACUAAAGACCGACCGGGAUAUUUCCUACUGGCCUACAUGCCAAACAGAACGCCUCAUUUCGAACUGUUCAGUGUUCGCCCCGAAGGAUUCCGGUUCCGCCGUUUAAUCUUCCCUAAUCUGGAUCGAAUGAUCACAUGGUUCAAAGAACACUAUAACGAUGUACCUCGCUGACAAGAAGAUGCGAAACAAAUACACACUGUAAAAAAUGUACUUUCCCGUCAGUUCUCUAUAAA